AUGUAUUAUCGUCCCCGUCUUCUUCUCAAGGUCGUCAUUAUCGGCGACAGCGGGGUUGGUAAAACGUGUUUGAUGAAUCAAUAUGCGAAAGGCGAAAUCAUUAAAAGUUAUAAAGCUACAAUCGGGGCUGAUUUCCUGACCAAAGAGGUCCACUUUGAGGAUAAUCCUGUUUUCACCUUGCAGAUCUGGGAUACGGCUGGUCAAGAAAGGUUUCAAAGCCUUAGUCAGGCUUUCUACCGAGGUGCAGAUUGUUGUGUGCUUGUUUAUGAUGUUAAUGUGAAGAAAUCAUUUCAUAACCUCAGCAAAUGGAGGGAUCAGUUUCUUGAUGCGGCCGGACCUCAAGACCCUGAAAAUUUCCCCGUCGUUGUAAUAGGAAACAAAAUUGAUGUGGCCCUCAGAGAGGUAUAUGAGAAGGAUGCAAAAGCAUGGUGUGACUCUAAAGGCAAUAUUCCUUACUUUGAGACUUCUGCAAGAAAUGGAACCAAUGUGGAUGAAUCUUUCAAAUGUAUAGCGGAAAGAGCUUUCAAAUAUGAACCUGAAAAAUUAACACUUCCCGACGCCAUUGAUAUGGAGAGUGAGCAGCCGCGAAAACCCUCAUUUUGCCAAUGUUAG